GGAGACUGAAAUUCUGAAGGUUAUGCUACUGGCUAGCACAAUUAGCCUGUGACCUUGGGUUUAAUGAGUCUUGCUGGGCCUCAGCGACCUUCACUGUAGGAAAUCCUUUGCCCAGGAAUCACUUCAAGUAAUUUCCAGUUCUUGUUUAGAGCUGCUCUUAGAAGAAAAACGGCAUAUACAUAACUUGCACAGAAAGUAAACGGAGCCAUGUGCAGAGAGAAGAAUCCAAAGGUUAUUAAUUUCAAAAUAACCAACCCUCUUGGAACCAAUUUAUUUACCCCUUUCUCUAAAUUGCCAAUUGAGCCCCGUCCCCACUCGGUUCUAAGCUGUGGUGGCCCAGGCAGCCCACCCAGGUGUCAGUCACUUCACCCAAUCGCGAAGCCGGCGUCUCCCUUCCUUCUGGAAAGCCCUUAGAGAAAGAGUCGCCCCAACACACUCCUAGGCAGGAAGUGAGACUGUCAACGUCAGAAGACGUUCAGAAACCCUAUGCCUCACCCGGUAGUCCCUGGCCAGAGCAUACUUCAUCGCCUCCAGACCCCAAGAUCUGGAAAACAGAAGAAAACGUCCCUGCGGCUGCACUCACGCACUUUCCGGCAUUCCACAGCCAUAAAGGCCUCCGACCGCUCCGACUCCGGGGUCCGUCAACACCGAGGCAGGGCGGGUGUUGGUGUGAGGCAGCCAGUCAGAGAAGGGGGCGGGGCGCCCCACGGAAGAGCCCCAGCGAGAUUGCGCGGACUGGCACGAGAGGAUUUGCGCCCUUUCCCUUGGGCGCCAGUGGGCGGGGCUUGUCGUCCUGACAACGCGGGAGCGUUCGUCCACAAGCUCAGAGCUCAGGUGUGGCCGACUACGGAGGCUGUGCUUGCUGCAGAAUGGAAGAAGAAGAAAAUCACCAAAGCUGAACGAUUAAAGCAGCUACAAGAGGAGGAGGAAAGACGGCAAAAAGAGGAAGAGGAAGCCCGUGUGAAGCAUGAAAAAGAAGAAAUGGAAAGGCUUGAAAUACAAAGGAUUGAGAAAGAAAAAUGGCAUCAACUUGAAGCAAAAGAUCUAGAAAGGAGACAUGAAGAACUUGAAGAACUUUACUUAUUAGAGGGGUGUUUUCCUGAAGCAGAGAAGUUGAAACGAGGUACUAGAUUGCUUGCUCAGUGGAAACACUACAUUCAAUGUGAUGGGAGUCCUGAUCCUUCAAUAUCCCCAGAAAUUAAUACUUUUAUUAGCCUGUGGAAAGAGGAAACAAAUGAGACUCUUGAGGAAGUGAUUGCGAAGGGUAAACUAGUACUAAAUUUAAUUGAGAAAUUGAAAUUAAUUUUAUUGGAAACACCACCAUAUGAUUUGGAAGAUAAAAACAUAAAACAGUACCAAGGAUCAAUUCUAGAACUACAGGAGCUCCUUCAUCUCAAGUUUAACAUAGCCACAGAAAUACUUCUCAGACAAGCUAGUACGUUAGCAGAUCUGGACAGUGGAAAUAUGGAAAAAGUCAUUCAAGAUGAAAAUGUUACUCUAUAUAUGUGGGCAAACCUCAAGAAGAAUCCAAGGUAUAGAAGCGUCAGAUUCUCUGAAACACAAACUGGAUUUGAAAUUCCAAGGAUUUUAGCAACAAGUGACAUUGCUCUGCGCCUCCUACAUACUCACUAUGACCACGUCACACCACUGCGCCCUGUUCCAGCAUCAUUACAAGAACGUACUGCCACAGUAACUGACUUUGUCAAAGAGGAAGUUAAGAAUGAAGAGGCAGCAAUCAGCAAAGAGCUCCAAGAAGAGGGUAAACAGCGAGAAAAUGAAUCUAACUCAGUUCAUGAAGAAGAAACAAAAUUUGAGGAACAAGGAGAUAGUGAAGUACAAAUGGGUGUUGGUCAGGAAGAAUCUGAAGCCACAAAAGGUGAACUGGAGAUGAAAUUAUUAAGUGAAACAGUUUUAUCAGCACAGUUGUUGCUGAUAGAGAAUGCUAAUGAAAAGCCGUGUUUCUUUGAAGACAAUGAGGUUGAUUUAUGCCAAUUCACAACCCUGGGUGGAGUGUACCACUUGGAUAUUUUGGAGCUUCCCCCACAGUGUAAACCAAUGAAAGGCUGGAUGAUUGUGGAAAUACUCAAAGAAGGAUUGCGGAAAUAUAUAUAUCCUCCAGAAACUACAGAAGAUGUUGAAACAGAAAAUGCUUUCCCACCCAUAGAGGUCACACUUGAGGUUCAGGAGAAUGUAAUCUUUUUUGAAGAUCCUGUGGUUGCAAGGUGGGAUGGUGAAGGUAAACAUUGGCAAACUGAUGGCAUCAGCAAUGUCUCUUACAAAUCAGAAGAAAGACUUCUAACAUUCAGCCUAGAAACUUUUGGCCCUGUUACCUUGAUUCAAGAUACUCAUAUUAACAUGCCAUUCCAGUCAUGGGAACUAAGACCACUUGAUGUGAAUAAAGUACUUUUGACUGUGACUACAGUAUUUACUGAGAUUCAAAUACAAAUUAAGGAAAACCUCUGCAUGUUAGCGUCAAUCAAACUAAAUAACAAAAAGCAUUCCUCUAUUUUGGAAGGAAAAUGGAUGACUCCUAUUUCUUUCAUUUGUGCAUUGAAAGAAGCUGGAUUGAAUAUCUUCCCUAGCGGAUACUCUCAUUUUUAUGUUGUUAUAAAUUAUAAGGAUCCUUUGGUAGAACUGAAAGCUUAUCGACAACUGGCCCUGCUAAGUUCUGCUUUUGCAUUUGGUUGGAGCAAGUGGAAUACAGUAUGUAAUUCAAAGAAAGUCAUAGUUAAGCUGAUGGAACACCUUACUGAAGAACCUAUUCAGAAACCUAAUUGGACACUUUUAAUGUUUAGUGGUGACAGAGCACAAAGGCUCAAGAUCAAUGAAAACAGUGAGACAUUCUCUGAAGCCCUUAAAGAAGAAACUGAGUUUCAUUCUACUUUGUAUCACAUGGUUGAGGAUUUUGCUUCCAAAAAAGCAAUGGAAAAAAUUAGGAGCGCCAGCUGCCAGUUUAUUGACUCCGUGUGCUAUAUGCUACUCUCAACUAGAUUACUCAGCUAUUCUUAAUCCCCACUGAUAAAUUUUAUGGAAUAU